GACGAUUUUACUAUACUUGUACAUACUCCGUGCGCCGUAAGCUACUUAUAGCGACCCAGUUGUCGACAUUGCCGAGACCAACCUCGCACGCGUCAAGAAUGCUAACUUCGCCUCGUUGCUGUGGUCGCGUUGGCAGCCGCGCGUCGGCCUCGUCGCACCUUGUACAUGGACCGCGUCAGACGCAACCGAGGCGUUUCUCCACUGCCGUGCGGAGCACUCAGGGCUCGGGUGCCGCCGCACCCCACAGCGCCCCUGCCGAGCAGGGCGCCGCUGGGGGCUACAUUGUGCCGUCGCCUGACGUGCCUAUCUCGGAGUCCCUCACGAACGCUCAGCCUGGCGCUAUUGUGAAGGCUGCGCUGCUGGACGCCAUCUGCGGCACCGAGCGCGGCCUUGUGGCCCGCUCGGAGGUACGGGCCGAGAUCAACGAGCUGGUGAACCAGCUGGAGGUGCAGGGCGGGCAGGGCGCGGACGUGGCCAGCCUGGAGUUCGAGGGCACCUGGGAGCUGCUGUACACCAACGCGGUGGAGCUGCUGGCCAUCCUGGCCAUCAACAAGCUGCCGCUCAGCCCCGUCAAGAUCGGCGCCGUCACCCAGACCAUCAACAGCACCGACCGCACCGUGGAGAACUCCCUGGAGCUGCAGCUGCCCCUGAUCAUCACCUCGCUGUCCACUGUCAGCAACUACAACGUCGCGUCGCCCAAGCGGCUGCAGUUCACCGUUGAGCGCGGCGUGCUGCACACGCCCUCCAUCGAGGGCAACCUGGAGCUGCCCGCCUCCAUCACCGUCAUGGGCCAGACGCUGGACCUGGCCCCGCUGCGCGAUGCCGUCAAGCCGCUGCAGGACGCCACCAAGGGCCUGGCGGCCUCCGCCUCCGACCUGCUGGGCCAGGCGCCCGACCUGGAGCUGCCCCUGCAGAGCCUGGGCCAGGCCAACACGCAGGGCUGGCAGCUGACCACCUACCUGGACCCGGAGCUGCGUGUCACCCGCGGCGACGGCGGCGCCGUCUACAUCUUCAAGAAGGCUGGUCCCAAGCCGCUGGAGUGAAGCCCCGCAGCAGUUCAGCAUGAAGGCUGCGUGAUGGUGUGAGGUUAGGGAUGGCGUGCCGCAGCGCGAUACGGCACUGAUGGAACUGUGUGGCGAGCUUUUUUGGAGCGCACGACGGUGUCAUAUAACGCUGGCUGGUACUUACGUAGAUCUAUUUAUGGGCCUGUGCCCUGCUCCAUUCAUGUGUGUAAUGGAAUCGUUGUGUUGGCGAAUUGGGGGAGGGGAGGUGCCUGUGUUGCCCUUGUGCAUGUCCCUCCCUCGAAUGCCUUUAGACGGCUGUAGACGCGAGCAUGAUGGCCGUAGAUGCUGCUGAUGGCUAUAGACGCGAGCAUCCAUGGUACUGAAGCAGACCGUGUGCAUGAGCAGGACAGCGGCUGAAUGUACUGCGACCGCGGUCUUCUUGGGCCCCAUCGCCAGAGCAAUCCUACUGUAGCGUUAAGCUUGUCC